AUUGGCAACACUUAAUUUUCCGGUAUCCAGCUUGACAGCUUGACAUUUGACAAAAAAAAUAAAACAAUGUUCGGUUAGCUUGUUAUUUUUGCGGUAAUUUAAAAUAUUAAGUAAAACAAAGUAAUUUACGUUAUCUAGGACAUAAUGAAGUUGACUGUGGACGGGUUGUUAGUAUAUUUCCCUUACGAUUACAUCUACCCAGAGCAAUAUGCAUAUAUGUUGGAAUUAAAACGUGCUUUAGACGCUAAGGGUCAUGGAUUGUUAGAGAUGCCUUCUGGUACUGGAAAAACUAUUUCACUGCUCUCAUUGAUCGUCGCUUAUAUGAUACAGAAUCCACAUCAUGUAAGGAAACUGAUUUAUUGUUCCCGUACUGUGCCAGAAAUCGAAAAAGUAUUGGAAGAGUUAAAGAAUCUGAUAAAGUACUAUGAGAAGUCACAAGGAGAGAGACCCAGUCUCACAGGAGUCGUUCUAAGCUCUCGGAAAAACCUCUGCAUCCAUCCUGAUGUAUCGCGGGAGAGAGAAGGUAAGCUGGUUGAUGGUAAAUGUCAUGCGCUGACCGCCAGCUACAUAAGGGAGAGGCAUGAGAGAGACAGCUCAAUACCUAUAUGUCCAUUCUAUGAAGGCUUCAAUCGCGAAGGCAAAGAGUCUAUGCUGCCCUAUGGAGUGUACACCAUGGAUGACCUCAAACAGUAUGGAGCCGACAGGAACUGGUGUCCAUACUUUCUGGCUAGAUUCGCUAUAGUCCACGCAGAAAUAGUAGUUUAUUCCUACCACUACCUCCUGGACCCGAAGAUAGCGGAAGUGGUGUCGAAGGAGCUAAACAAGGAGGCGGUAGUGGUGUUCGACGAGGCGCACAACAUCGACAACGUGUGCAUCGACUCGCUCAGCGUCAAGAUCACGCGCCGGACCAUAGACAAGAGCACCGCCGCGUUACAGCAGCUCGAGAACACUGUCGCGCAGAUUCGUGACGAAGACUCCGCUCGUCUCACAGCAGAAUAUGAGCAGCUGGUGGAAGGGUUGAGAGAAGCAGCCAUGGCGAGGGACACUGACAUGGUCCUCGGGAACCCGAUCCUGCCUGAUGAAGUGCUCAAUGAGGUGGUCCCCGGCAACAUUAGGAACGCGGAGCACUUCCUGAGCUUCCUGCGGCGGUUCAUAGAGUACAUCAAGACCAGGCUCAGGAUACAGCACGUGGUGCAGGAGUCGCCCGCUGGUUUCCUCAAAGACGUGUCAUCUCGCGUGUGCAUUGAACGCAAGCCGCUACGUUUCUGCGCGUCGCGGCUUGCCUCCCUGAUGAAGACCCUGGAGAUCCCGGACCCGUCGCACUUCUCCUCGCUGACGCUCAUCACACACCUGGCCACCCUGGUCUCCACAUACACCAAGGGCUUCACGAUCAUUAUAGAGCCGUUUGAUGAUAAGACGCCCACGGUUUCAAACCCCAUUUUACAUUUCUCUUGCAUGGACUCUUCAAUAGCAAUGCGGCCGGUGUUCUCGAGAUUCCAAACCGUCAUCAUUACUUCAGGAACCCUGUCUCCCCUGGACAUGUAUCCGAAGAUCUUGGACUUCAACCCGGUGAUCAUGAGUUCGUUCACAAUGACUCUCGCCAGACCUUGCAUAUUGCCAAUGAUAGUAUCAAAAGGCAGUGAUCAAGUGGCGAUAUCGUCAAAAUACGAAACGCGAGAGGACGUGGCGGUCAUACGGAAUUACGGCCAGUUGUUGGUAGAGAUCGCGGCGUGUGUGCCGGACGGCGUGGUGUGCUUCUUCACGUCGUAUCUGUACCUCGAGAGUGUUGUGGGAGCCUGGUAUGAUCAAGGUGUAGUAGCAAACUUGCAAAGGCACAAGUUACUAUUUAUCGAAACGCAAGACUCAGCAGAAACCAGCUUCGCGCUCAUCAACUAUAUCAAGGCGUGCGAGGGCGGGCGCGGCGCGGUGCUGCUGUCGGUGGCGCGCGGCAAGGUGUCGGAGGGCGUGGACUUCGAGCACCACCUCGGCCGCGCCGUGCUCAUGUUCGGCAUCCCCUACGUCUUCACGCAGUCGCGCAUACUCAAGGCGCGGCUCGACUACCUGCGGGAUCAGUUCCAGAUCCGUGAAAAUGAUUUCCUAACGUUCGACGCGAUGCGUCACGCCGCGCAGUGCGUCGGCAGAGCUCUACGUGGCAAGACUGACUACGGUAUAAUGAUAUUCGCGGACAAGCGGUUCAGCCGCGCCGACAAGCGCAGCAAGCUGCCGCGCUGGAUCCAGGAACACCUCAAGGACUCCUUCUGCAACCUCAGCACAGAGGAGGCCGUGCAGAUCUGCAAGCGCUGGCUGCGUCAGAUGGCGCAGCCCUUCACCCGCGAGGACCAGCUCGGCGUGUCGCUCCUCACGCUGCAGCAGCUGCAGUCGCAGGAGCAGCAGGACAAGAUCGAGAAACAGGUCAUACAGAAGUGAUACAAACAAUUAUACUGUGUAAAUAAUAUAUUCAGUUUUAUAGUGA